AAUCAUUCAUCCCUCGGCACUCAUGCAUUAUCUCGAGUCUCCACGUUUUCAGGGUGGCAACCGAGGCAACGCUCUUCCAAUCUGCAAUCUCACUGGUUGGCCACCACGCUCGUCACUCCCCAUCCGUCGGAAGUGCGUUCUCGUCCUGCGUCUCCCUACAGUCUGAACCCGCCUGCGAGCUCGCGCCGUCGGCCUCCUCCUCACGCCUUUGCUAGGUUUGUCCAGCAGAAGUACGGGUUUGGUGGAGCGGAGAUCUGGCCUUGGAUUAUGCUGCCAUUCCAACCGACCAGAACGAUGUGGGAUUCAGUUGCUCUCCUGUUUUAUGAAAGCCGACCUCAGGAAUGAGCACUUCUGCUCCCUCGCUCGUGAUUUAUUCGCCAGGACUGAGCGUAUUCGGGACAGUAGCGAGUCUAACAGCUUUAACAACCUUCAGACAAAAGACGGCUGCGAAGUAAUAUUCACAAAUAAAAGGGGUAGUUGUCUCCAUUGUAUGGAGAAAGUGGGCAAGAUGUGGGGUAACCUCAGGAAUCGAUGCCAAGCCCUCUUCCACAACGAUGGCUCAGAGUCCCAUCUGUGUAACCAGGAUUUUGAUUGCGUCCACUGUGUGGUAGACUUGGGUAUGGGAGCACAUGCAGAACCCUAUGAAACUAGGUCUUCCACACCCUCACGAACAUUGUCACUCCUCCCACUGGUUACUGGAGGACGCAGAGGCCAUAACUGUGUGGCAGACAUUCCCCAGAUAGUAGAAAUCUCCAUUGACAAAGAAAGCGAGGAUGCACUGAUGGGUCCACUUAUCCGUAGGGACUCCUAUUCACGUCAUGCUCCAUGGGGAGGUAAAAAAAAGCAUUCUUGCUCAACUAAAACACAAAGUUCACUUGAGGCUGACAGGCGAACAGGACACUCAAGAGGAAGUACAGCCAGGAGGGAGCGUCGAUAUGGAGUUAGCACUAUCCAAGAGAUGAAUGAUUCUGUAGGAGCUGGCAGCAGUGGGUGCAGCCUUAGUACCCGUUCUCUACGACAGCGACUUCAGGACACUGUAGGCUUGUGCCUUCCACUCCCCACACAUCGCCACUCUCAGUCAGCCAAAGGCCAAGUGUCCUCCAAACGUAAGAUCCACCUCACUGAACUGAUGCUUGAAACAUGCCCUUUCCCACCCGGUUCAGAUCUGGCCAACAAGUGGCACCUAAUUAAGCAACAUACAGCGCCAGUCAGCCCUCAUUCCUCAACUGCUCUUUUGGAUGUGUUUGAUUUAGCGCAUCCAUCCCCUGAAGAUGAGGAGGAGAGGCUGCGUGAACGGCGUAGACUUAGCAUAGAGGAAGGAGUGGAUCCCCCUCCAAAUGCGCAGAUCCAUACGCUGGAGGCAACUUCACAGAACUCUUCCCUCUAUAAACUGGGACCAAAGAUGGCUCCUGGUGUUGGAGAAGGCCUUGGGGAGGGCAGAAGUCUGGGAACAGUCUCCGCCAUUUCUGGGGGGGUAUCAGGUAUUGUCGCACAGGUUUCAGCAAGUAUGGCAGUGUCAUCCCACACUGUUGACUGUGACUCUGAGGAAGACUCAACUACUCUUUGCUUACAGACACGAAAGACCAAGCAGAGGCAUGCUUCUGGGGACACACACUGCUCCAGACAACCCGGGCCUUGGAAGGUCCACACACAGAUUGACUAUAUCCAUUGUUUGGUGCCUGACUUACAGGCCAUAACUGCUCUUCCUUGUUAUUGGGGGGUGAUGGACCGGUACCAAGCAGAAGCACUGCUGGACAGACGACCAGAGGGCACCUUCCUGUUACGUGAUUCUGCACAGGAGGACUACUUGUUUUCUGUUAGUUUUCGACGCUACAAUCGUUCAUUGCAUGCACGCAUUGAACAAUGGAAUCACAACUUUAGCUUUGAUGCGCAUGACCCCUGUGUCUUCCACUCUUCCACAGUAACAGGCCUGCUGGAGCACUAUAAAGACCCUAGUGCCUGUAUGUUCUUUGAGCCCCUGCUUACUUCUCCCUUACACCGGACUUUCCCUUUCAGCCUUCAGCACCUGGCACGAGCCGCCAUCUGCAGACACACCACCUAUGAUGGCAUUGGUGCCCUGCCACUACCUCCAACCAUGCAGGACUUCCUGAAGGAGUAUCACUACAAACAGAAAGUCCGUGUGCGCUGGCUAGAGAGAGAGCCACCACUCAAGGUCAAAUGAGGUCUGGCUCUGCAAACGAGAGAGGCAGAAGUGUGGGCAAGAGCUUAGCCGCCAGAGUAUGUGGCUCAUAUUAUCCAACAUACAGCUGGCUUUAGACACACGGCAACAGAGGAUGUUAUGAACUUCCAGCAGUUUUUUUAUUUUUUAUUGGUUAAUACUACGCAUGGAAUCCAUACAUGUUUCAGUGCAGUACAUUCUGUCAAGCUAGCUUAUUUGCUGAAUUGUCAAGCAUGGUGGGAAUGAGAUGGACUUAUUCUCUCUGCUCUUUUAUCUUAUGACCUUAAAUCCUUUGGCUCUCUACUAGCCUGCCCACAUGCCCCCUGCAUUCUAUCUUCUAGUGUUUUACACUAUUUUGAGCAGUGAAACUGAGUGUUGUCACAUUAACUAGCCUAUUUUUUCCAGGCAAAUGGAUGACAUCUACAGAAGCUUAGUCCAGUGAUAAAAUAUAUUCAAGUAAUCUUGGGUGUCUUCAUACUUGAUUAUCUGAUACUCUCUAAAAUUUAAUGUUAAAUAUCUAGUCAUGUUAACUGUAUGCCUAUUUGCUAAGUCAUGACUAAUUUAUCAACAAUACCUUCAAGAUACCUUACAGUGAUCUCCUACAACUAUCAAGUUCUCUGAGGCAGCACUUGUUAAGCCAUGUGUACAUGGACAGGAUCACAGAUACACAGCACUCUCAGCACUAAGCAUGCUUUAUUUUUAAAAUUGAGGCAGACAGAAGUGAAAGGCAUGAAAUAAUUGCGGGGAGGCGGGAGCGCAGUGUGCCAUAUGAUAGAGGGGACAGAUUAUUUAAAACUAGGCUCUCUUGUAGUGUCAUAUUCCAGCAUAAUCCUUGUUUUAAACAAUCUAUUUUACUAUUUUCUGUUUUUAUCAGCGACAGUCUAAAAUGACAUAUGGCACUUUAAUUGUUGUUUGUGUACCGCACAAUGACUUAUAGACUCAAGUACAUGCAUAUAAACCGAUAACAUUGUCUGUGUGGUUUUUUUAUGGACCUUAUUCAUAGAAUGUCAAUUUACCCCAUAUUCUUAGCACGAGUCACCCAAAAUUUAUGUUAGUGUCAAGUGUCUCUUACCUUGCCUGUGCAUAUGUCCUCGAGGCUAUAUUUUAGCUAACAUGGUUAUAUACGCAACAGCUGAAAGUGGACCGAGAAAGUCCUCUGUAAAACUUGUGUAGAUACCUCUUAAGAUUGUUUUCACUUGAGAUAUUGUUGGAACACAGACAGAUGCCAUCACCGCGUAUAUAUUUAAUGUUUAUUGGAUUAAUGUCCAGUUAUGUUAUAAAGUUUGGUUGGUUCCACUUGAUAAUGUUGCACUUUUAUUCAUUAUGAAGCACGCAGCUAUGCUUCCCUCAUCAUAAUUGUAUGCACUAGUGAUUGAAAUUCCCUGAACACUGUAAAAUAUAGUUACAAAACUCUAUACUUUUGAUGUGCUUGGUCUUACCCAAAAAUUCAAAUAAAGCCAACAAAAUCAUACUAAUAUAUAUUUAAUAUCAGAUGUUCAGCAUUACAAUUGGUACAAUUGGUUGCAUUUGGGUGUUUGAGGAUCAGCGACCAAAGAUGUGCAUCUUUAGGUUGUUAUUGUGAAUGAGAAAUCUUCCACCAUGCCUCUUGAUUAUUUAUAUUGAGUUCAAUGAGUUAAUUAUAGUGUCCAGUUUGCUGGCAGAGUAGCACCCAUUUUGAAGCCAUUUAUUUGAACUGCAAUUAAAUCCACAAUUAAACUCUUUCAGAAUACGCCUCAGGUGUCACUUAAAGGAAGGCAUUUUGUUAAUUUUAGAACUUUUUUUUCUACUCUAUUUUUCCACUUGAAUGACCUGAAUAAAUACUCAAAACAACCAUCUUAAAAUUUCUUCCACCCUGCACACUGUAUGCUCUGUAUACAGGCUCAUUUUAUGUCAACUGUGUAGUGGUACACGUCAGAUGAUGUCAUCUGCUUUCAAGACUUCAACUUUGAGAAUAAUAUACCUUUCAUUGAAUUUAUAUACAAAAUAUGAGCACUUGGUCGCAGCUAUCAGUUUAACAGCCUCUCCCCGAGCCAUACUUAAAGAAAAAACGUCUAAAACCAACCUGGUUUUAGUAGGUCUCCUAAGGUUUAGACACUUUUCAGUUGGUCAUGCUAGGAGACCAGACUGCCCAAUUGAAGACCGGCUUAGCCUAAACCAGCUAAGACAAGCUUAUAAUAUUUAAAUUUGACAACUGUUGUUUCCCAGUUUUUGUGGCAAGUCAAUGUCAAAAAAGUAACAUGGUGUUACCAUGUUUAUUAGGAUAUGGUAACAUGGUAAUUCAAAGGAAUUUGGACAUGUACCAUCACAGUGCCAUGUUUUUUUUCAGAACAUGUACCAUAGUUCUUCUAUGGUAUUCUAUGACGUUCUGUGAAGUAUAAUAGUAUGUGGCAAAAUACAAUGGUGUGGCUAUAAUCUGGUACCACCACAGUACCUUUUUAUAAAGAAAUGCUCAUAACGCUAAUCUGAGGAAAUUUUUCCCUAUUGUAAAUUCUCAACGAUGCUGAAGGCGUUCAGCAGAAAUUCGUGAUGCUCUUUCCCAUUUCAGGAAUGAGUUCAAAUGAUGUAACCCACUGCAUUUAUGACAGAAAGCUUCAUUUUCAAGGGUGUUGAUUCGAGGGCUGUUAAACGCUUAGCGAUAGCCUGGUCCUCACCAAAUCCUUUGGAUGUUUUUAAACACUGAGGCAAACUCAUGCAGUCAUUUGGGACUUUGUAUGGCACUGCACAGUGAGCGAGUCUCUCCUGGCAGAAUUACACCCUGCCCUGACUUACAGGCACUAAUCACAGGCUAAAUUUAAUAUGCUAGCCUCUAAAUUUACCACCUGCUAAAAGGACCAUUCUGUGUUUCUUGAUGGGUGCUGUGAAAAUAGAGAAGAGAGGUACUUUUUGCUCUAAUUUUUCCUCUUCCUCCCAGGUCUGACCACAUCCUCAGCAUCACCCUCUUUCUUGGGUAUGUAGUGCUGAAAGCAGUGAGCGUGUUGUUUGUUUAGUCUGGAUACUAGCUAAAGUUAGCAUUAGCAAGAGGCUAACACACACAGUGCUCCAUUGAGAAACACUGAGUCCUGCAAGGAAUGGGGCUUGGUUUGAAACCGCAGUCGUUUUUUUGUUAAUAGUUUAGAGAAAGUGUUAUGAGGGAAGUGUAACACACCAAACUAAUCCAACACAGUGUUCUUCAGUAACUCAAGCCUGGUUUAUUGCAUUCAAAAUAGUGCAGAUAAAAUAGUAACAGUGGGACUGCAGAAGUCAACAAAGAUUCCAGUGAGGGGUCUUGUUUUGAGACUUCUGUGAGCUGUGUCUUGUGCUUAUGGCCUGAGGAUGCUUUGUCCUUGUCUUCAUGAUUAACAACUUGAUCAUUUUGAAACCGCUUCUCUAUAUGGAGGAGUCUGAUGUUCUUUUUGCCCUUUUUCCCCAUGGGAAAUUUCUUAUGUCAGCCACCGUAGCACAUACUGACCAUAUGACCUUGUCAAGUAGACCAUGCCUGCAAGCUAGCCGGUGAAAAAACUGCUUCAUACAUGCACGCAUAUUCAAAUGUACCCAUAAAUGUUAAAUGUUGGGAUGUACUAGUGAAUUAUAGAGUGGACUUUAUGCUACAGACUGUGGCAGGGCAGCAACUGAUCUUGAACUUACUAAUCCUUCUGUUUAGAUCAUAACUCUUUUAGCUCUACUUUAGUGUCAAUGUGUAAAGUUCUUGGGCCUCAUUUAUGAAACAUGCAUAAAACCAUCCUUAAUGCGAAAGCAAGAUCAUUGCUGAAUAUUGAAAAGGAGAUGAUAACAAAAAGUUGUUGUCAGGUUUCUGCCCAUAGCCAUUGCAAAAUAUGUGGAUUUUCCUAUAUAUUUUGUCAUUUAUUUAUUAAUUUAGUCAUUUUACACUUAAAAGUCUUCAGACGACUUAGUCAGCAAACAUGCUUUUUACUUGGUUUAUAUAUAAAAACACUGCCGUGACAGUUUUAGCCUUUGUAAAUCCCAAUUUGUUCCUACACAGGAUCAAAUCCAUGGACUUUAGGAUUCAAUCUGAACUUACAUGGCUUUUUUUAAAUGAGGCCUUUGAUCUUUUCGAAUUUGGUGCCAAAAUAUGAUGUGAAAGGAGUUGAAUAAUAGUUUUAUGCAAGCAGAGUAGCAUUUAACGAAUUGUUAUUUUUUACAUAAAUUGAAUCUCUAAUACACAUUGAGUGUGAUGUAACCAUGGUUGCAAUCUUAUGUCACUUUAAUGCUAUAUGUGCACGCUUGUAGCAGUAUGUAUGUGGGCGCUGUGGUGACAGGGCUUGACGAUGAUGGAGGCUAAUGGUUGUCAUUCUGCCUCCUCGACCGCCUUAUACCUUCUGACCAAUCGCAACAGCCUUCUCAGCUAACCAGCCACAGACUAACUGAUCUCUAAUAAUACAGUAUCACCAAAUAUUGUUCGCUGUUCCCUUCGAUCUUCUUCUCAUAUUAUUAACUAAUAUCUGAGAGGUGUUUUUUAGAAAACAAUGAUGUUCACAUUUUAGUUUGUGUUUUGUUUGACUUCUGAAUAUUUUCUUGUACUCUGUUUUGUUUUCUUUGCAUAGCCUGUUCAUUGUCACAGCCAAUGCACUUGUAGAUGUCACUCUUGGUGCUUUGUGAAUGCUUCAUUGUCUUAAUAUUAUUAAUAAAAUUUUGAGUGUAUUCCAUGAAGUAAGUAAAUAUGAUUACAAAUUG